ACACUCGGACCUCCGCCGUAGGUUCCGUAGCAUCUCUAAUCUCUUAGCGUGUGUCUGCCCGCGAAUCGUGAAGUUCGAUCGAUAUCACAACAGUUUGUUACUUUAACGGGCAUUUUACUAACGGACUGGAAACUUCGAAUCGAGGAUCGACGUGGUUACGAUCGACACUAUGGAUUGGUUCAGGAGCGCGUCUAUACGCGGACAGCAACGUCGUUGUUUGGCCCUCUGUCUGCUGAUCGUUUGCCUACUUUCUACCACGAAACAGGCCUACUCCGCGGACGCCAACGAUACGAAGGAUUCUUUCAGCGGAUUUGCGACCGACUGCUCCACAACGGACUCUAAAAACGUAUCUGUAUCCUGUUACGGAGUCAGGAUAGUCAGGAAAAUCAUGCAACAGCUAUUAGAGAAGUCUAGCAAGGAGCCUAACAUCGAGAUCUUUGAUGGCGUUAGUUUGGUCGAGGUACCAGGAACUGGUCCUAUUCGUAAAGGAAGGUUCAUGAAAGGAUUUGGAAAUAUGGGAACCCUGAUGCAGUUUCUGGAGGGAAGAGAACUCAGAAUUAAGCUACCAAGCUUCUUGCCGCAAAAUAUCGAGAGUGCUCUCCAAGAGAGUCUACCGGCUGAUCAAGCCAGAGCAGGUGGUGGUGGCGGAUUUGGAGGCGGCGGAUUCGGAGGCGGCGGUGGUGGUGGUGGCGGCGGAAAGAAGGGCGGCAAUGGCGGAAUAAUGCUACUGGCACUGAUGAUGGGCAAGAUGAUGGCGGCGCUAGGAUUCGGUGCUCUCGGUUUGCUAGCCAUGAAGGCGUUGAUGGUGUCGGCACUAGCGCUCAUGCUCUCGUUGAUUGUCGCCGUGAAGAAGUUGGCGAGCAGCCACGACAGCGGCGGUGGACAUCACGUAGUCUACGCGCAGGACGUCGGCCACCAUCACUAUCGGAAGAAACGGUCCCUCAGCGAGGAAGACCACGAUCUUCCGUACAGAGGCUACGCGCACCUGUUCGGUGAUUCGCGGGUGUCCUGAUCCAAUCGAUCUUCCACACACGUACACAGAGCCGUUCGUCGUAGAUCUUCUUCGAGAGUCAAGCCGAUACAGUAUAAUUAAACCGCGUUCGAAGAGACUUUACGAACGUGCCGCGAGAUACCACACGAGACAAGGACGGCCAUUCUCAACAGUGACAAUGACAUCGACACGGUAGUAGUGACAGACAUGACGGACAGAAUGUUAGAAAGUGACGCUUUAGAGAUUCGUUUUGCACGUGAAACGCGUAUACACAGUAUAGUGAUGAAAAUGUAACGAUCGGUUGUGGACCACGAUGAUUAUGGGACGGAAAAUCGACGACACGGACGGACGCUGAAAAAACCAAAGUACACCCUGUCGAAGCAUGUUUAUUUAUUAUUCUUCAUUCUCUACACACUCAUCCAUUCAGCCUCUUUUGUACUAUUUAUUUAUUGCGCAAUCGAAUAAAAAGUAUCCAACUA